AUGCGGUUGGAGUUUCCAAACGGGGUUCACGGGGAGCCGGUAAUCACUGUUGGACAGGAGGUGGUAGAGGCUAUGAAUGGUCUAUACAAGCAGUGUAUGAUAGUAAAUGUUUUGGGUCGUCACGUCACGGUGGAGUCGUUUAAUAGAAAGUUAAGGGAGUUGUGGAAGCCGACAGGGGGUAUGUGUGUGGUGGAUCUACCAAGACAGUUUUUUAUGGUUAUGUUUGAUGCAGAGGAGGAUUAUCUAGCUGCAAUGACCGGAGGUCCUUGGAGGGUUCUUGGUAGUAUUUUGAUGGUGAAAGCUUGGUCUCCCGAGUUUGAUCCGCUUUGUGAUGAUAUUGUGACUACGCCAGUGUGGGUCAGAAUAUCGCAUAUUCCGGUGAUAUUUUAUCACCGUGCAAUUCUUAUGGGGUUUGAUGAAGGGCUCGGGAAGCCUCUUAGAGUGGACAUGACGACGUUGAAGAUGGAGCGAGCACGGUUUGUACGUGUGUGUGUGGAGGUAAAUUUGCGGGAUCCUCUGAAGGGGUCAUUGUUGAUCAAUGGUGAACGGUAUCAUGUGUCCUAUGAAGGGUUGACUCACAUAUGUCCGACGUGUGGUGUGUAUGGACAUAUGGUUAGCGGUUGUCCAAAGAGAGUUAUCAUGCCACAGAUCCCAAGGAGUUCACAAGAAGUGGAUACGAGACAAAGUAGUGGUGAGAGGGAUGAUCAAGGCUUCACAGAGGCCCGAGGCCGGAGUAGAAGAGUGGUAAACAAACCGGUUGGGUCUGUGACAGGAAGUUUGAGUGCGCAAGUACCAGUACAAGACAAGAUUGACAUUGCUAGUGGAGGUGUGGUUGGAGUAAUUGAUACCUCGAAUCGUUUUAGUGGUUUAGAGAGAGAGUUGGGAGUGAAGGAGAUGACGGAUGAGGUUGGUAUGAGUGAGGCUAAUAAAGAGAAUGAGAAUAACCCGAAUGUUGUGCGUCAAGGGGACUUGAGGAGAAUAACUGGAACGGGAGCAUGGGAUAAGAGUGGUUUCCGAGAAAGAGGAGUAGAGAAGAGAAUUGGUGGUACUAAAGGAAUACGUCAUGCUAGUGCUAAAGGAAAGAAUCUGCGACGCAAUGUUCCUAUGCGUGGUUUGGUUUUUGGUCCAACGAAGGGGGAGAUGAUAACCGAAACUUCCGGGAAACGUCUCCGGCUAGAUAAUGAGAGUGUUGGUCGGGAGGAAGGCUCGUAUUUGUUGGAUAGUGAGGGUGUAGCGGGAGAGAGGAGACCGUUGCAGAUUUUGGAGGAUAACAUGGAGCUUACUAAUGGAAAAGAAGUUGAGACUUCUUCUUUAGAGGGGGCGAAUAAACCCAACUUUCGACGUUCAAUAAGAUAUAUGUUGAAGAAGUAUGACACGGAUGUGGUUGCUUUGUUUGAGACGCAUGCUGAAGGGGAGAGAGCAAGUAGUAUUUGUCAGCGUGUGGGUCUAGAGAACUCGUUUAGAGUGGAUGCGGUAGGUCAAAGUGGCGGGUUAUGGUUGUUGUGGAGGUCGGGUGUUGGGAGUGUGGAAGUGAUAUCAUCUUCUAGCCAAUAUAUUUGUGUAAAGUUGGUUAAUGGUGAGGAGUAUUUGACUUUGGUUGUGGUUUAUGCGGCGCCAACUGUUAGUCGUCAGAGCGGCUUAUGGGAGGAGUUACGGGUCGUGGUCCGCGGGGUGGAGGGUCCCUUAAUUAUAGGGGGGGACUUCAAUACCAUUUUAAUGCUGGAUGAGAGAACUGGGGGGAAUGGAAGACUUUCAUCGGACUCUUUAGCCUUUGGUGAAUGGGUGAAUGAUCUUUCAUUAAUAGAUUUGGGCUUCAAAGGUAACAAAUAUACUUGGAAGCGUGGCCGUGUGGAGAGUACGUUUAUAGCUAAACGUCUUGAUCGAGUGUUUUGUUGUGGUCAUGCACGGUUAAAAUGGCCAGAGGCAGUUGUCUCCCAUCUUCCCUUUCUAUCUUCGGAUCAUCCACCCCUUUAUGUUCAACUUUGCCCACGAGAAGAUAGGAAACUGAAGAAAUGGAAUAAGGAUGUUUUUGGUGAUGUUAAUAAUCGGAAAGAGAAGUUGAUGGCCGAGAUCAAGGAGGUACAAGAGUUGUUGGACGUUCAUCAGUCAGAUUCUCUUUUAGUGAGGGAAGAACAAUUAUUAAAAGACUUUGAGAGCUUAUUGGAGCAGAAGGAGACAAUAUGGUUCCACAAGUCGCGGGAGAAGUAUAACCUUGGGGAUAGGAAUACGACCUUCUUUCAUACUUCCACGAUUAUUCACAGGAGGAGGAAUCGCAUCGAAAUGCUGCGAGGAGAGGAUGAUAGGUGGGUUGUGGAUAAGAAAGAGUUAGAGAAGUUGGCCCUUUCGUAUUAUUCAAAGUUAUAUUCACUUGAGGAUGUGAGUGAAGUGAGGGAGUCCUUACCUAUGGCCGAGUUUGUUGGGUUAACAGCAGCGGAGAAAGAUGGUUUAAAUAGACCAUUUACGGCGGAGGAGGUAGUGGUUGCGGUUUUUCAGCCCAUGUUUUACCAAGAUUGUUGGGAAAUUGUUGGGAGUUCGACGUCACGCUUUGUACUUGAUUUUUUCAAUACCGGGAUGCUGCCGAGAUCUACGAAUGAUGCUUUGCUUGUUUUGUUACCAAAAGUUUCGAAACCAGAGCGAAUUACACAGUUUAGACCGAUAAGCUUGUGUAAUGUUUUAUUCAAGGUAAUCACCAAAAUGAUGGUUAUUCGCCUUAAGGGGGUCAUUUCCAAGCUUAUUGGUCCAGCCCAAGCUAGCUUUAUCCCGUUAAGUAUUGACAACAUAGUAGUGGUUCAAGAGGCAAUCCAUUCGAUGCGGCGUAAGAAAGGGCGUAAGGGAUGGAUGUUGUUGAAAUUAGAUCUUGAGAAGGCCUAUGAUCGGAUUCGUUGGGAUUUUUUGAGGGAAACGUUAGAGGCAGCGGGUUUAUCGGCGGAGUGGACGAGUAGAAUAAUGGAGUGUGUCUCCAAUCCGUCAAUGUCUAUAUUAUGGAAUGGUGAGAAGACGGAUUCUUUUCAGCCAGCUCGGGGGUUACGUCAAGGGGAUCCUCUCUCGCCCUAUUUGUUCGUGUUGUGUCUUGAGAGGUUAUGUCAUCUCAUAGAUAAUGCGGUUGGAGAAGGGAGCUGGAAACCGAUUACUCUAUCGAGAGGGGGACCGAGAUUAUCCCAUGUGUGUUUUGCAGACGACUUGAUCUUGUUUGCGGAAGCCUCUGUAGCUCAAGUCCGUGUUAUUCGGGGAAUAUUGGAGAGGUUUUGCUUAGCUUCGGGUCAAAAAGUAAGCCUAGAGAAGUCGAAGAUCUUUUUCUCGAGUAAUGUUAGCCGAGAUAUGGAACGGUUAAUUACCAUGGAUAGUGGCAUUGGUUCUACAAGAGAAUUAGGCAAAUAUUUAGGGAUGCCAAUCUUGCACAAGCGGAUUAACAAGGAGACGUAUGGUGAAGUGUUGGAGAAGGUUUCUUCACGGUUAGCAGGUUGGAAGACCCGUACGUUAAGCCUGGCGAGUCGGAUUACUUUAACUAAAGCAGUAUUGUCUUCUAUCCCGGUUCAUUCUAUGAGUUCGAUUAUGAUGCCAGUAUCGACUUUAGAGAGCUUGGAUCAGUUGUCGGGGACGUUCUUGUGGGGUGGCACAGCGGAGAGGAAGAAACUCCACCUGUUAUCUUGGAAAAAAGUUUGUAAACCUAAAGCGGAAGGUGGUGUGGGGCUGCGUUUGGCAAGACAUAUGAAUAAGGCUCUUUUAGCUAAGGUGGGAUGGCGACUUCUCAGUGAUGACACUAGUUUAUGGGCACGAGUCUUACGAAAAAAGUAUAAGGUGGGUGAUGUUCAUGAUCAUUCAUGGAUGGUGCCUAAGGGUACUUGGUCGUCAACAUGGCGUAGUGUGGGCGUCGGUCUGAAAUAUGUGGUUUUAAAUGGUUUAAGCUGGGUACCAGGGGAUGGGAGAUCAAUUCUCUUUUGGUCCGAUGUUUGGUUGUUGGCGGAAUUGCUGUUGCAACGCCUUAUAACUCCAUUACCGGUUGAGGAAGAAGGUAGGAGGGUCGAAGAUUACUGGAUUGAUGAGGCAAGCUGGGACAUGGCGACAUUGAGGUUGUACCUUCCUGAGACAAUUAUACAACGGUUGUAUGCGGUGGUUAUAAAAGGUGUAUUCGGACUACGAGAUCGUAUAUCUUGGUCCGCUAGUCUGAAUGGUGAGUUCGGUGUUCGGUCCGCUUAUGCUCUUUUAUCGGCUGAUAACACUUACAAAUCUUCUAUGGAGCGUUUCUUUAGUCGGAUUUGGGCGGUAGUAGCUCCCGAGAGGGUUUGUGUUUUUUUGUGGCUUGUUGGUAAUCAGGUGAUUAUGACUAACAUGGAGCGAGUAAGGCGGCAUAUAUCGGAUUCGGGGGUUUGUCAAGUGUGUAGAGGAGGUAUGGAAUCGAUUUUGCAUGUUUUGAGAGAUUGUCCGGCGAUGUCAGGGGUUUGGUUUCGUUUAGUUCCUCCGACCAGAAGACGUGACUUUUUUACGAAGUCGUUACUAGAGUGGUUAUUCGAUAACUUGGGUGAUGAUUCGAUGUUGGGUGAGAGCAGUUGGUCCACAUUAUUCAGCAUGGUGAUUUGGUGGGGAUGGAAGUGGCGUUGUGGUAAUGUCUUUGCGGUGCAAGGAAGAUGUCGGGAUAGAGUUUGUUUCUUGCGUGAUUUGGCUUUGGAGGUCACACGAGCUCAUGUAAAUGAACGGGGAGGACCAAGGUCAAGUAAUAGAAUAGAAAGGUUGGUGAAAUGGACGAGACCGGGUGCGGGGUGGGUAAAAUUAUCCACGGACGGGGCGUCGCACGGGAAUCCGGGGCCAGCUACAGCGGGUGGAGUGGUCCGAGAUAGCAACGGGGAGUGGUUAGGUGGCUUUGCUUUGAAUAUUGGGAUAUGCUCAGCACCAAUGGCGGAGUUGUGGGGAGUGUACUAUGGACUAGUGAUUGCUUGGGAACGAGGUUUUAGACGGAUUGAUUUAGAGGUGGAUUCGGAGUUGGUUGCCGGUUUUCUUCGGACAAGGAUAAGUGAGUAUCAUCUGCUGUCUUUCCUGGUACGGUUGUGCCAUGGCUUUAUUUCACGGGACUGGAUAGUUCGAAUUACGCAUGUGUAUAGGGAAGCUAUUCGUCUCGCAGACGGAUUAGCUAACUAUGCUUUCUCUUUGGAUUUAGGUUUUCUUGCUCUUGAUUUUUGCCAUGAUGUUUUGCAUUCCAUUUUGUUGGAGGAUGCAAAUGGGGUUGAACAUUUACGUUUUAUGCGGUUGUAA